AUGUCGCAGUUGAAGGCAACACCUUAUUGCCUGUUCAACAGCACAUGGGACUAUGGUGUUGCGGCGGAAGCUAUGGAUAAAUUUAACAACUCUGUUAUACUCGUCCAUUUCGACCUACCGCCUGCCGCGCUACUCUACGCCGGAUGGUUGUUGGCCGCCUGCUCUUUUGUAGGCCUCGGUUUGCACAUCCACAUAAUUCAAAUUAUUUGUCAGGAAAGAAUGUGGAUUACCAAUUCGUACCUGAUAUGGUUCGUUAGCCAGAGCGCCGCCGACAUCAUCAAUCUCACGAUAUACGUCUAUGGGGCAUCUGUCGUACUCUGUUCAAGCUCAGUCGGGGUUGGAAAGAUAAUAAACUUGGUCUAUCAUCUGAGAUUAUUUCAUUACCCGUUCAUAAUUAUAACCAGGUUUCUUGGUGUGCUGUAUCCACACUGGUAUCCGUACAUCGCCGAACACACCCUCCACAUCGUUUUCGGCUUGUGGUUGCUGGCCUCCCUGAUCGGCUUUCUACUUGUGCAGAACUCGAUCAACUGGCUGUACUUCCACCCGCUCAAAAUGAACUGGGUCUUACUGCGACGAGACGCCUUGUAUCUCGCCAUGGCUACUUACUGGACCGUGUUGCCGGUCAUCUGCGGAACCGCUUCGUUGGCUCUUUACCUCUGCUGCGUAUGGAUUCUGGCCCGUCGUGCCAAACGAAUCAAGAACACAUCUGUGCCGCAAACAAGACAGGCCGGUAAAAAUCUCAUCGUCGUGGGUCUCACUACAUCUGUCAUACUUCUGCUGGACACGCUGUUUUGGAGAAUUAACGUAAACUAUUCUCUCAAGAUCAUCUGGUGGAGUAGCAUUUCGCUCAGUUUCAUAGAAGUUGUACAGAGCAGCUCAGACGCUUUGUUGAUCCUGCUGAUCUGUCAUGAAAUCCGUAGCAAAAGCUUUAUCUUCAAGCGUUGCUUUUUAAUCGAAACUCUGUCUCUUUGUCCUUCGGUGAAAAAUUUUCAGGCAGUGAAUGUCCGAUCUUGA